CUUUAGGCGAACGGCCUCGUGAGUUAAAUUCCCUAAAUAAGCGCGCUAUCAGCAAUUAUAUCGUUUAAAAAAACAUCAAACGUUAUAUACGACCAAAAUAUAGUCAUUUAUGUGUUGAAAGUGAAUAAUUUUACGCGAUACUGACGUUACUGCAGGUAGCUAGUUAUGUUGGCGGAGGCACAUUGAGGUACGGUCGCGAUUCGUUGUUUCCAAACGUGGCAGGCGCAGCGUAAGUUCAGUUGAGGUUUGAUUGAUGGACUGUAGGCGGAAACUGGACGCUGUAAACUUUGUACGAUGGUCGUAAAGGGCUAGUUUUGGGGGUUUGUUUUUGGAAAUCACGAGCUGCCUAAAUCGUGGCUUUCACACAGACACAUAUAUCCGUCCUCGAACUCCAGAUCCCGCGCGUUUUGUCUGCUGAGUUGAGCUAAUGUUUCCUAGCCUAGCAUAUGUGAGGUAAGUUCGGUGUCGAGGGAAGCGAUCUGCUAGGUUUGAUCUGGGAUCUGCUCAUAUCUCUACACCUACCGCGGGCGAUGUUAGGGGGAAACGGGACGGCUAGAGGGGCUGGACGCUCCGGUAACGGCGCGGGGUUGACCCCUCUACAGGUGGGCAGCACAUCUGGGGCUUUGGGGGCGGUAAACUCUGCCAUAAACCUGCCCGAUGGAGGCAGAUACGACGACGGGCCGUCGGUGGAGGCUGUGUUGAGCGGCUCCGACGGAGACUCGGACUCCGGGGACGAUGAGGAGAGUCCCGCGGUGGACAGGAGAGGGGUGAAGCGGGAGAGGAGUGAGAUGGAGGUCGGUGUAUCCUCGGGAUCUCACGCGGGACUGUCGGCGGGGUACGGAGGGGUUUCCGCCGUGGUGGCCGGUGCUAAACCGGGCAAGAAAACGCGAGGACGGGUGAAAAUUAAGAUGGAGUUUAUUGACAACAAGCUGAGGAGAUACACGACCUUCAGCAAGAGAAAGACUGGCAUUAUGAAGAAGGCUUACGAAUUAUCCACCUUAACGGGGACGCAAGUUUUGCUCCUGGUUGCCAGCGAGACGGGCCACGUCUACACAUUUGCCACGCGAAAACUUCAGCCCAUGAUCACCAGUGAAACAGGUAAAGCCCUCAUCCAGACCUGCCUAAAUUCCCCUGAUUCUCCACCCCGUACGGACCCUUCAACAGACCAGCGGAUGAGUGCCACGGGAUUCGAGGAGACGGACCUCACCUACCAGGUCUCAGAGGCUGAUGGUCUCACAGAGCCAAAGGAAAUGAUCAAGCCGACGUUCAUGGCUGCCUCUUUACCCGGAGGAGGCACCAGCACCAACAGCACCACCACACAGUCGUCGGCCUCUUCCUCUCCCUCCUCGUCCUCUGUCUCCAUGCACGCAUCCAGCAGCGCCUGCUGGCCGGUGGCCGCCGGGAUGAACGCUCAGAGCGUCUCCAGUGUGAACGGGACGGUGCUCAAGAGCUCUCCGGCGGGGAUCAUGCAGCUGCCCGCCGGAUUCACGCUCAUGCCAGGUGGUGCGAUGCCUCAACAGUUACAGGCCUUCCAGGUUCACCCCAGUCCUCAAAGCAGUGACAGCAGUCCAGAGAUCAGCCAGACCUCCACCAGCUCCACUGCAAGCCACACCGCUACGAUAGUCACUUCCUCAGUGCCUUCUUCAAUGGCAGGUCACAUGAUGUACCCCGGAGCGCACGUCAUGUACGCUACAUCCACCCCUACCCUUGCCGACGGGGGUCUAACUGUGCUCAAUACCUUCCCACAAGCACCCGCCGCGAUGCACAUGUCCCACACACAAGCCCAAGACUCAGGUGCAGUUCCUCAGAUGUUUUUCACGGGACCUCCUGGAACCGUACAGAUCCCAGUUUCAGCCGUUCCACUACAUUCGAUGUUGAUAAACCAGCAUCCCACCUGUAGCAGCAGCGCCACCCUCACGGAGCUGCGGGUGGUGAAUCUGGACAAUCCCAAAGGAGACUGACCCGUAACGCAGGAGGCCGGUGUGACCGUUCACUCGCACUGAUAUUCCAGGGAUCACUCAUGCCAUGCAGUCAGACUGCCAUUGUAUUUAUUACUGCCUUCUCGCUGCGUGGGACAUACGUCAAUAAUGUGGUGUAAUGGGACGUUUGAAGGAUGAUCACGUCUCCUCACGGACUCGUUUUGGUGGGUAGUGUGAUAAUGGAUGAUUUGUGUUCACGCGCAUCUAUACUUCAGGAUUUCAUAGAGACGUGUCUGCACUAUCGCUUCUGGGUCUUCACCUGUUUUUGCCGAGAGGUGUACGAUUAUGUUCACUUUCAGUAAAUUCAAAACCUCUUCGCUGUACAACAGUUGAAGGAUCUUCAGUUCAGUCUUUCUUUCUUUUGGGAAUGCCUCUCUUGAUCUGAUUUGUAAUUAGUUUUUCUUUUGAGGUCAAAAAUGGAUUCUUUCCAGAGUUUAUGUUGUGAAAUCAGCUCUUCGGUAUAGUUCCAAUGGCGGUAUGUGUGUUAUUUAUCGCUUUAAGGAAUGUUUCACGCAGAAAGGACAAUUCUGUCAUCUUCAGAUGCAAAAGGAGUUAUUUUGCAGAAUGUCCAACCUUCUUUCCAUUUAAAUAAAUGGUGACCGAUGCGGUCGAGCUCCAAGUACCACCUUUUUAUAAAAUAAGAAUGUUUUUUGUUGUUGUUGUCAUUUUUAGAGCUCAAUAGCACCCGUUCCCAUUUAUAAGCAUCAUCAGACUUGGAAAGACAUGAGGGUGAGGAAAUUAUGAGUGCACUUGCUCUAAAUGUAAUGCUGGAUACUCUUGCACUGCCAUCAACACUCACUAGGGGCUUCAUGUACAGUUUGAAUUGAUCAUUUCUUAAAAAUACAAUUUUUCCGCCUUCAUCACUUUCUCUAUGGCCUUUGUUAUUCAAUUGACCCUUCGCUGGGAGUUUGAUUGACAGGCGAUCUGACCAAUCAUAACGCCAAAUCUGCCAUUAUGUCCGUCAAACAAAUCAGACAGAGUAGACUAACGUCGGUAGACUUGAACUUGAAAAAUGUGUAUUGAUGUCUUUCUGCGGUUGAAACA